UCAUUAUCUUAAACCGUGAUGACAAGUCUGUUAACAUUUGCGUUCAUUUUGUUGCUUAAUUCAUUAUCGUCCACUGCAAAUCACAAAUGUUCAAUUAUUUGUCCCGACGUCAUUCCUUUUGAUGCCGACACACCGAUUCACGAUCUGUUCUUAGCUAAUCUGAUGAGAGAUGGACCUGCUGAUGGAGUUUGUUUGGAAGGGAAAGACAAAUGGAUAGCUAAUGGAACAGUUUUUGGAUUACCACCGAAAUGCAUUUGUCUUCAAUAUUUGAAAGGAAAAGAUAAUAAGCCAGGAGAAGGUCCAAAAUGUCCAAAUCAUUUAGCAGCAGCUUUGGAAGAAACAAUUCAAGAAAAUCUGAUGAGAAAUUAUGAACUUCUUGGAGAUGUGGCACCAGAGGAUGGCUGGUGCCCAGAAGGGAAGAUAAAAUGGAUCAUAUCAACAUUACAAUACAGCAUCCCAAAAGAUAUUUGUGUUUGUAUAGAUGGAUUUGAAUACUUUUCACCUGAAGUCACAUGUAUUGACAUGGAGAACGAUUAAAACAAAGCUAUGUAAAAA